AUGGAUUAUGAUGCAUAUGAUGCCUUGCUGCAUCAUGUCUUCAAACAGACUCAAGGAGACGCUUGGUUUAAACCUUCAGAGGAGAACGCCUACGGUGGCGUCUGUCUCAGAGUUCAACCUGGGCACUUCCGUGUCUUCCCGUAUGAAAACCGCUUCCUAGAGCCUUUCGAGGCCGCAGUCCGCGUCCUUAACCCAGUCAUCGCCGUAAAAUUGCGGAGUGCCGCGGUACAUGCCGCUCUGUCCACAGUUGAUGAGAAUGCGAACGGUAUACAGGUGGACGCCAACACUCGGAUACAGAUCCUCGAGACGAUGGCAUACCUUCCGGGUGCUGACAAAGAACAAUGCGGCGCUUUCAUUAGAGACGAGAGAGUGCUCGUAUUGUGGUCAGACUCCCUGGACUCCAUUGUGCCAUUGUGUCAGGAGUUCGAACAACAAUUGAUCAAGCUCGUCUGGCGCAACCGCCCCAUAUUAAAGCCUGCGUCUACUAUGGCCUCGAUGGUAUCCGCUGCCGAGUCUGGCUCCGACGUUAACCUGACCGAGAAAGCUGAGGACCAGCCUCAAGUAAGCGUCAGGGAGGUCAAGCCCGUGAAGACUAGCAAGCGUCUCUGGGGAUGGAGGGUUUCUUCCAAACCACAUCAGACAGAAGAGCAGACGGACGUUGAAAAAGGCACCAGGGAACCCAGGCCGAUCAGGCUUUUCGCCCCGAUCUACAACGGUCUUGGUAUUGCUCUCAGCAUCUUCUUUAUUGGGAGUGGUGUCAGUAUGCUCUUAUCUGAAUGGGUCCAAGACGGCUCCUACACUCGCUUCGCUCUUCUGGUCACGGUGCCAUUCGUGUUCUGUGUUUCUCUCUUCUUCGCUCUUCAGAUAAUUGGCAAUUUGGCUAUGGCUUUAGGUCCUGUGGCACAAUAUCAUGAAAACUCGAAGUACUACUCUGCUGUUAAGCCCAAGCCUAAUCGGGAGAUCGAUUCGAACCUGCCCCACGUCACGAUCGAGAUGCCCGUAUACAAGGAAAGUUUGAAGGAGACAAUUGCACCGUCGGUGUAUUCUCUCAAGAAGGCUAUGCAGACCUACGCCCGACAGGGAGGAACCUCAUCCAUUCUGGUCCACGACGAUGGUCUGCAGCUUAUCUCGCCGGAGGAACGGGAAGCACGCAUCUCCUUCUACUCGGACCACAAUAUCGGUUGGGUUGCCAGGCCGCCUCAUGAUAAUAAGCCCGACGGCUUCAAACGGGCCGGUCGCUUCAAGAAGGCCAGUAAUAUGAACUACGGUCUGGACUUGAGCUUAAGGCUCGAGAAACACUUGAAGGUCCUUGUGGAGGCAGAACAGGAGGAACUGCGGCAGGGCGGCAUCAGCGUAAAUUCUAGCGCGUCAGACAUGCAAUGUCUUGAGGACAGAGCUAUGAACAUGGCUCUCGAGGAAAUGUGGGACGAAUGGGGAAGGAGGCCUGGCUUUAGGGGCUGGGCUUGCAACGGCAAGAGUCUCAGAGUCGGUGAUAUCAUCCUGAUCAUCGACUCGGAUACCAUUGUGCCCGAGGACUGCCUACGUGAUGCCGCUAGAGAACUAGCUGAGUGUCCAGAGAUUGGCAUCAUUCAACAUGAAUCAGACGUUAUGCAAGUGGCGCAUCACUACUUCGAGAACGGUAUUGCCCACUUUACAAGGCGUAUCAACAAAUGUAUUUCUAUCGGUACUGCCAAUGGCGAGGUGGCGCCAUUCGUCGGCCAUAACGCGUUCCUGCGCUGGUCUGCUCUCCAGGACGCUGCUUUCAUCGAUACAGCGGACGGCAAGCGCAAGAUUUGGAGCGAAGCUAAUGUAUCGGAGGACUUCGAUAUGGCUUUGCGCCUAAUGCUCAAGGGCUACGUGAUCCGAUGGGCUACUUACUCCGAAGGAGGCUUCAAGGAAGGCGUAUCACUCACCUGCGAUGAUGAACUGAACCGAUGGCAGAAGUACUCUUAUGGUUGCAGCGAGCUGAUGUUCAAUCCUAUCGUCGAGUGGUACAAAAAGGGUCCUAUCAACAAGCAAUUGCACGGCUUCAUCUGGUCUUCCGCUCCUGUCCAUUACAAGAUCAGUAUGAUGUCUUAUGGCAUUGCUGCGGGUUUUACUCUUUCGAUCAUGAACUAUCUCCUUCUUGGCUUCGCUGUCGAUAUCGAUGGUUUCUACAUGCACAGCUUCGAGAUUUGGCUCGCCUGUACCGUGGUGUUCCCGGGCUUGGGUAACUUUGCCUACACGUUACUGGAAUACCGACUAGGCCUGCGCAGCAUAUGGUCUGCCACCAAGGAAAAUCUUACUUGGGUACCAUUCUUCUUCUUCUUCUUCGGUGGCCUAAGCAUCCACUUGACCCAGUCCAUUCUUGCCCAUUUAUUCUCUUACAACAUCACAUGGGGUGCAACAAAGAAGGAAGUCGAGCGCUCGAACUUCUUUAUUGAGGUCCCCAAGAUUCUCCGUCGGUUCUGGUUGGCACUCAUACUCUCGUUCCUGUCCAUCGCCAUGAUGGUCGUCCUGGCGACUCCGGCUAUUCCUACUGGGUGGCAGAUAACAGGGGAAGGAUGGGCUGUCAUCUUCCCUCUUGCCAUUGUCUCCGGCUGCCACAUUCUCUAUCCUGUCGUGCUUAACCCUUGGCUCAUGAUUUUCUCAUAUUAA